ACGACCAACUACAAGCACCAACUAAAACACACACAACACACGCACUAGUUAUGGCACAAAUCAACACUCCCUUGACCUUCGCCGUCCGGAGACGUGCACCGGAGCUCAUCGUACCGGCUGAACCAACACCUCGAGAACUGAAGCCUCUCUCCGACAUUGACGAUCAGGAAGGGCUUMGGUUUCAGAUUCCGGUGAUACAGUUUUAUCGUCGAGAUCCAAAAAUGAGAAAUAAGAAUCCGGCGACUGUGAUCAGGGAGGCUCUGGCUAAGGUACUGGUUUUCUACUAUCCGUUUGCUGGUAGGCUCAAGGAAGGUCCGGCGRGGAAGCUGAUGGUGGAUUGCUCCGGCGACGGUGUGUUGUUUAUUGAGGCGGAGGCGGAUGUGACGUUGAAGCAAUUCGGAGACGCACUUCAGCCUCCGUUUCCUUGCUUGGAAGAACUCCUCUACGAUGUUCCUGGAUCUGGUGGCGUCCUCGAUUCACCAUUGCUACUGAUUCAGGUGACGCGAUUGUUAUGCGGGGGUUUCAUCUUCGCUCUACGACUCAACCACACGAUGAGUGAUGCACCCGGACUCGUACAGUUCAUGACGGGGUUGGGUGAAAUGGCACAGGGCGCAUCAAGACCAUCGACGUUGCCCGUAUGGCAAAGAGAGUUGCUUUUUGCAAGGGACCCACCACUUGUAACAUGCAUUCAUCAUGAGUAUGACGUAGUGGAAGACACCAAAGGUACCAUUAUCGCAUUGGAUGACAUGGCCCAUAGGUCCUUUUUCUUUGGACCAGCAGAGGUGGCAGCCUUUCGUAGGUUUGUUCCAACAAACUUGCAAAAAUGCUCCACCUUUGAGGUGCUGACAGCGUGCCUCUGGCGCUGUCGUACCAUCGCUCUUCAGCCGGAUCCUGAAGAGGAGAUGCGUAUCAUAUGCAUCGUUAACGCACGUGCCAAGUUCGAUCCUCCCCUCCCCAAAGGAUAUUACGGAAACGGUUUCGCCUUCCCUGUUGCCAUUUCCACAGCACGAGACCUAACCAACAAACCAUUAGGCCACGCGUUAGAGCAGGUGAUGAAGGCCAAAAACGACGUCAAUGCAGAGUACAUGAGAUCAUUGGCUGACCUAAUGGUCCUCAAAGGACGACCCCAUUUUGCAGUUGUGCGAAGCUUCCUCGUGUCAGACGUAACCCGUGCCGGAUUCGAUGAAGUCGACUUCGGGUGGGGAAAAGCUGCCUAUGGCGGGCCUGCCAAAGGCGGAGUAGGCGCUAUCCCCGGCGUUGCUAGUUUCUAUAUACCUUUUAUAAACCACAAAGGGGAGUCUGGAAUCGUGGUACCCGUAUGUCUGCCGAGCGCAGCGAUGAAGAUAUUCGUGGAGGAACUAAAUACCAUGUUGAUGCCAAACAAAAAGGCCCAAGUUCGCCAAGAACACGACCAAUUCGCCCUUUCAAGGUUAUAAUUCACACAUUCUGAUUCAACCUGCGAUUAGAAAACACGCUUUUGAGAGGAUUUUGUUUAGAAAAUCGUAUGUGUAUAUGUAUAAUUAAGUGGUUGUGUGAUUGAUUCUCUAAUUUUGUUGUAUUGUAUGGUCUUGUUACUACAUAAUCAAAAUGUUAUUUUGAAUUUCU